AUGGGACAAGGGCUCUCCACCCCAUUGUCUUUAACCCUAUCACACUGGUCUGAAGUAGAUGACCGCGCUCGUAAUUUGUCUUUAGUCAUCAAGAAACGCAAGUGGUGGACUUUCUGCACGUCUGAAUGGCCUACUCUCGGCGUUGGGUGGCCAGCCUCUGGGACUUUCCAUAAGGACACCAUCAAGGCAGUAAAGGCCAUCAUAUUCAGCCCAGGACCCCACGGCCACCCAGACCAACAACCUUACAUCUGGGUUUGGGAAGAUUUGGCUACUGACCCUCCUUCCUGGGUCCGACCCUUUCUUCCUCCACCUGCUGCUGUCCUCUCGGCAGUUUCCUCGGCAGUUCCCUCGGCCACCACGAGCUGUCCUAGUUCUUCUGUUCCAGAUACCUGCUCUAUUCUUCCCCUGACGUCACCAGAGCCAACGGCACCCCCUUCAUCCCUCUACCCUCCUCUUCCUCCUUCCGUCCUCCCUGAGUCUCAAGCUGAUCUCCUUCUCCUCGAUUCUGGUCCCCCUCCCCCAUACCCUAGGAACGUUCCUGCUGCUGCUAACGACUGUGACCCGGUCCCUCCGCUGAUCGCACAAGGACACCCACAGGAAGAGGGCCCGGCACAUGGGACUCGGAGCCGGAGGGCACACCCCCCAGAUAAUGUAGCCUUUACCCUGCCUCUUCAGCCCAUUGGACCCCCCGUUCCUGACGGACAAGGGGGGGACAUGCCGGUGCUGCAGUACUGGCCCUUCUCUUCCUCUGACCUUUAUAACUGGAAGGGAAAUAACCCACCCUUCUCAGAAGACCCUACCAGACUAACCGAUCUUCUUGAGUCCCUUAUGUUCUCUCAUCAGCCGACCUGGGAUGAUUGUCAGCAACUCCUCUCUGUCCUUUUCACUUCUGAGGAAAGGGAUCGCAUUCUUCUUGAAUCCAGAAAACUGGUCCCUGGCCCUGAUGGACGACCCACUCAGCUACCAAACCUUAUAGAUGAGACUUUCCCCUUGCGACGACCUAACUGGGAGCCUAAUAUGCCUGCAGGUAGGCAGCGACUCUUGCUUUAUCGCCAGACUCUGAUGGCAGGUCUCCGUGCGGCGGCACGCCACCCUACCAAUUUGGCUAAGGUAAGAGAGGUGACCCAAGGGCCUGAGGAAUCCCCAUCCAGAUUUUUAGAACGACUAAUGGAAGCCUAUAGGCGAUAUACCCCUUUUGAUCCUGAGUCUGAUGAGCAUAGGGGGGCGAUGGCAAUGGCUUUCAUAGGUCAGUCAGCCACUGACAUCCGGAGGAAGCUCCAGCGGAUGGACGGACUGCAGGACAUGGCCCUUAGGGACUUAGUUAAGGAGGCUGAAAAAGUAUUCUACAAAAGGGAGACUGCGGAAGAAAGGGAGCAGAGAUUAGAAAAAGAACGAGAGGAAAAAGAAAGUAUGAGGGACAGACGUAGAAAUAGGGAAUUGGCAAAAAUACUAACCACUGUUGUUGGAAGACAAGUCGAGCCUGGUCACAGAAAAACCUCCUUAUCUUUCUCGUUUUUACAUCACCAUAACUGGAAAUCCUUAGAUGUUGUUUUUGUUCUAGGUGUUUCUGCAUUAAUGUGCCUUAAGUUGGUGUUUUUACCCACGCAAGAAAUCCAGCCAUUUCCGCUUUUACGACAAAGGCCGGAAAGCAACAGUCGCGUUUCAAGGUUUGUUUUCCGGCAGCAGCUGCUCCUUGCGAGGCCUCCGCCCCUGGAGUCGCCGGCAGCGCCUGCUCCUACCCGGACCGCUCAGCACAUCGUGGCCGUGGCCGUGGCCUUGAACAUGCCAAGGCGGUCCGAGCUCCCCCUGCUUCAGUUUGCGCCCCCUGAGCCAGAUGUGGCCUGA